AUGGAGGUGCUGCUAGCAAAGAUCACCCAGCAUGCCUACAAUCAUGCAAUUAGAGUGGGAAUUUGUUAUACCGUGCAAUACACGACUCGGCAAGCCACGCGCUUUCUAAAGAAAGUAGAGGAUAAGAAGGUGCUUCAAGAGUUACGAAAGUUGCAAACUAAGCUCGAAGGGAAACUGAGAAUUGUAUAUCCUGCUAUUGAUAUGAUAGAGUUGAUUUCUGCGAGGGGAAACAACACUUUAGAGUCUGCAGUAACCCUAACAAAGGCCCUUCGUUGGGACAUACAGUCACUAGGUGCGAGAUUUGAGAAGGCUUCUGGCGCGGAGGAAGCGUCACCGAGAAGUAAACGUGAUGCCAGGUCAAGAGCAGAAUUUGAAUUAGAGGUACUGCAAAUCAUCGAAGAUAUUAAGGCUCUAAUCAUCAGGAUUGACGAUGCCGUACCGCUGAUCAAUCUUGCGAUUGCAACAUCUGGCGCGAAUCCCUCUACUGGUCUGCCACAGAGCGUAUCACCAUCGAGACUGAUGCAGGCAAGUACAAUAUUAUCUCAUGGAGACUUCGCAUACAACCAAGAUCCUUCACAGCCUAUGCAAAUCGGGCCUCCCUUAACAUUGUCUUUGUACAUGUUAUUUGCCGGCCACGCUGCAGUCGAAAGAAAUGGAACGGAAAUCGAUGGGGAUGGAAAUAUGCAUGAGAGUACACGAAAGAGCGAGAGGGAGAUGACGUGGAAAGAAGUACUCCACAAAGCACAAGUUAAACUUAUGCGUGUGCCUUUGAGCGACUCGGAAAGGAUGUCAAACGCUACCAACGGACGACAAUCAUUUACGGCAAAGGUAAAUGCUUCUAACGAAUACGCUUAUCAACUACACAUUGUCGAAGAUCUGGAUGAUGACAGAGUACAUAAUUUUGAGGAAGACGCUGCUCAACCUGGUCCUUUUGACGGAGUUCAACUUGCUGGAAUUCGCGAAAUACUCCCAAUCCACCAAAUAUCCAAGAUAUUUUAUGCAGACACCGGCAAAAUACUCAAUAUCGGCAAUGACGGAGAACCUAACAGUCCUGUGCUAUUGUUGAAACGCGACAUAAACGCUAAGUCGCCUACGAGAAUGAUGGAGGAAGAUGAAAUAAGGGACGACACAUACGAGGAAACUUCAAAUUUAUUUGCAAGUCAGUCAUUAAGCGACGAAGAUGAUGAGGAUCAAGAUGGAAUUGACCAGCAACUCCGACGGGAGAGUUCUGUGCUGCCAGAAACCCCUGUGAAGGAGGAAUUCAGUGAAGCCUGGCGCUUGCCACCAGAUUUAGACCAUGAAUGGCUCGCAUUUGAGGUUUAUAACGAAGACGAGGACCCUGAUUCCGAGGAUGAAGAAGAAUCAAUCCCAAGCUCAAGUGGUGACUCAUCGCCCUUACGAUCCGAGCAACUGGAAGAGCCUCUGUCACCAAAUGAAGAUAUACUCAACAAGAACCUCAAAGAACUUCACCUCGAAUCGGAAUCACCGACUCCAUUUCAAUCCCCAGCACCAACACCAUACACCCAACUCAUUCGAACACCAGCAGCCCGAAAUCCAGACUCCUCACUACUAGAACACUCCGCACCUCCUACCCCUCACAUCCCCCUCCCCACCCGCAGCGACCCAUACGGCACAAUCCGCACUUCCCUCUCCCUCCUCGAGAUGCUCAUCCGGCUCACCUCCCUCCAACAAUUCCAACAAUCCUCCCACCUCAGCAUCCCCGAUCAAACCCUAAACUUCUUCCUCACCGACGCAUCCACCACCAGCGGUCUCAGCACCGAAGCACGGCGCGCCGCCCGUGACGAAGCAAGACGGAAAAUGGGCUUCGACCCGUAUGAUGAAAGCCCAAUCAAACACCACGGCGAAGAGUACCAGCGUCACGGCGGCUACGCAUCACCUACCCGCGAUGCUUACUACGAGGAUGACUACGUCCGGCAAACCACAGAAUCCCCCUCUCUACCACCCCGCACGAUCGAGGCUCGUCGCCAUCAAACACCCGAUCCAUGGCUCCAACGCGCACCCUCUUCUUCUCCUGCCCGAACAUCGCGAACUCCGGAAAGUCCCUAUCGACCGGUCAAGAAAGCCACGAGGCCGCUUGUGAGAGUCAAGCAAGAGGGGAGGAAGAUGAAGGGGAGUCCGUUGGGGAGGGGGAUGAGCGUUGAGACUGAUUCGACGCUGGGCACGAGUCCUGGGACGCCGACUUUUGUUGGGUGUGUGGAGGAGUCGAGUUGA